AUGAUAGAUGAACACAUUGAAGUGCUUCAACAUGAAUUCAGUUACAACACAGAAGAUGCACAGCCAGUGGACUUCAUCGCUGCACUAGAAGCGACGCUCUCAAAAACGGAGACCACGGAAGACACAAAGAACGCGAUUUGCCAGCGAGUCGGGUCCCUCAUCAUAUCCCACGGACCACGCCGAACCAUUCCCUCGGCAGAGGUAAAGGCCAUCAGGGAACUAAAGAGGGACGAAGAAAUUGUCAUUGUUCCAGCGGACAAAGGGCGAGCAACCAUAGGACUAGACAAGUCGGAGUACGUUGCAAAAGCGCAGCAGCGACUAAACGACAGCCAGUCGUAUAAAGUCAUCGACGCCUAUCCCAUGAAAGCACUGGUAGGCAAAAUCAACAAGAGCCUGAACCAGAUGAGGAAAGAAAAGGCAAUAUCCGAAAAGGAUUGGAAACAGAUGAAACCGCAAGAUGCUGCCUUAGCGCGUCUCUAUGGUUUGCCGAAAAUCCACAAUCUAAAUGUCCCCCUACGGCUCAUUGUGGCCCUGAAGGAUACGCAGCCAUAA